AUGACCAAAGGCCGCUCGAUUGAGCGACUUUCGUGUCAAGGUGUAUACCCUGCAACCGAUUAUGGUGUCGGCCAAGCCAGCAUGACUGCAGAACGCGUUGUCGGCUGGGCGCGGGCCGCCAAAGCGGCGACCCCGAGGCGACUGGUUGCUAUUUCCGUCACUCUUCUCUGCUGUUCGCUCACAACAGUCUGUGCCUUCAACUUACUAGAGCAUGUAGCGGCGGUGAUUGGUGACGCACGCGGCCAAGCGCUCACGCUCGACAACGACCCUGCAGGUCUCGCCGAACUCCUCUUCCGAUAUGAUGCCACGAUAGCUAGCUUGUCAGGAGAUUCUGCAAGUCCGGUUUCCCCGGAGGAGGCAAAAACGAGAAUUACGGAUCUGCUCCUGAACGGUCGUUGGCGGCUCCCCUAUCCGAGGACCUAUCGUGUGAUUGACGCCUUGAUGAAAGACUUUGUUGAGAUGAGAACUGGAUCUGGAAGGCCUUGGUGGAUGGAGACGCCGCCCUCACGGGGCAAGCGCCGCAUGAGUCCUGUGCCGUUCGGGGUAACAAAGAGGGGAUGGGAAACGUGCAAGCGCAGAAACCUCAAAGGUUUCGCGGUGGGCCGCACGCUUCCGGAAGUCCUUGACGACCUCCAAGUCCAAAUGCAAGCAUUGGUGGAGACGGUUCUUGUAGGAGAGUUUGGCGUCUGCGGGCCCUUUUUUCUCAAGCAGAAGUGGAACCAGGACUUUGACUGUGUCGACACCAAAAACCAAGAUGUCCUUUUUCCCCAGUAUUUCGUCCCGACCACCAGUGCGAGACACGUCCGUGUCCGUGCCCAGGAUCAUCCCGACCUGAAUUGCCUCGCAAACUGCGAAGGAGGAGGCGACGCCAUCUCGGAGCGACGCGUCUGGGAGGCCGUCGCUCGGGGGUCUCUGGCCGACGACCCUGCGUCCGGCCGCCUCGAGUAUUCUCCUCUUCUGCCAGCCGCAAAGGAGACGACUCUCUCGCGCCUUUUGUUUUCGCUUCUCCCCGACUGGUCGCAGUUCAAGAACGGGAGUGCCGACCAGACCGACGUGCAGGCUGUCCUUUCCGUGGCGCAAGAGUUCGCGGAGCUUUUGAAUGCGUUUUACGCCGAAGUGUUCGUCGCCAACGGGCAAGGGAGCGAUCCCGAAGCGACCCGGCCGACACCCGGAAAGUUUCACGCCAGGAGCAUUCUCGCUCUCUUCGAUGAACUGGAAAUGAAUUUUUGCUCUUGGGCAAAAGCUCAGGGCUGGAUGCGCGCGGAGGGACAGAAGCGGAGACUGCAGGUCGCCGACUGGCUUUCGCUCAGAGAUAUCCGCGACAUGCCCGUUCCUUACCACACUCUGGCAGGCAUUGCGAUUCAAGCACUGGACUUUCUCACGACAACGUCCGGGUCACCUUGGGCGCCGUCGGCCUGGUGGCAACGCACCGAGACGGACCUGGCAGUCCACCCCCUCUCCGACGUGUCUGCCUACCAUUCGGGGUCGCGCCGGCUGGCUGAAGUGUCUCGCCGCUUUAUUCACAGCUUCCUCGCCCCUCUGCCCACUGCUUUGCGGGCGACUGUCCUCGCGCUCGUUGGACGCUGGGCGGCAGAGUGGGCCAAAGAGGCGACCCUUCCCGCCGACCGCGGCCUCGCUGACCCGGCCCCAGCCAGUGACGGAACAGAGAAAUACUUUGACUUCAGCGACGGAAGUGGACGCGCCCCGAAGCUGCUUUUUCUCACGACCCUCGUUGGCGGGCGGAGCCCCGCAGAAGCGGCCGCUCAGAGCAUUCUCGAAGCCUUUCGAAACGGCUAUGGCGCACACCUGAGCGGCAUCCUCGCUCGUUAUGCCAAGAAAUCUCGGGCAAAAGUCACGUACCUCCCGAUAGGCCGCGUUGUCCACGUCGGAGCUUGCCCCACGGGUGGUCCGGGGAUGUGGACGGCCUUCUCAGACUCCGCCGGCCUGGCGUCGGGUUCCCUCUCUCUCUCCCGCUCCUCGCUGCUUCGCGCGUUCGAGCUGAUCGCCGCCUCGAGCUGGAAUGCUCUCGCCCCCCUCGCAGCCGCCGCUAGCGUGCUCGAGCAGAUCAAGGAACUCGUUGCGGAACUUGAGGGCGCCACGGACUCUGCGUCGCCCCGCGCUCUUUUGGAGAUGCGCUUAAUGCGAAGCAAAUUCGGAAAAGGGUACCACUGCGCCGUGGCCAAACGGGAACUCGCCAGAUUUCUGCGGCGGUCCAGAGCCCGCACCGAGGAGGAACUCGAUGCCCUCGUUCGCGGCACGGUCGUCGAGGUGGCCUACGAAGAACCUCUCACGUCGACCAGACCAGCUGGCGGUCGCGAGGACAGCAGCCCCUUGCUGCCCCCGGGAGAAGGCCUUGUGGAGAGAACGCGUUUGUACAUGUCCUGUAGUUUCGCUACCGACCCUCAGGAGCGCAAUGCCUUCAUCAAAUUCGUUAUGACUCGGCGAAACGUGGGCCGGCUCUGGCGUGGCAUCCGCGGAUUCUUCCGAGGCGUCAAACGCAGAGUCCUUCGCUACUUCCGGCGUCCGGUGCAGGCUGUAACGCAGCCGGAAGGAGAAGCUCCGUCUUGCGUGACUAUUGAACAGCCCCCGACGAGUGUCAUCCCUGUCACCAUUCGCCAGGUCCAGCCCGCGUCGAGCUGGAGAGUGGAUGCUUUGACUCACCUGCGCCUCCCUCGGUCAUACGGCCCCUAUUUGUUCUCUCUGCUUCACGAUCUUCCGUCGAUGAAUCGGCCCUUCGACCUUCGCGUUGCUGGGCAAAUCUCUGGGAAUAACCUCGUCCUCGCCACAGACGUCGAUGACACGUUCAUCUCCUCAGGAGGCUGGCGAGUUCGGAGACCCGCCGCCUACCUCGGAGGUGCCGACACGAGCUACAGCAGGGGCACAGGGUACCCUGGGAUGGGACCACUGUACUAUUUGCUGACUCUGGGAUCCGGCAAGCACGGGGACAAGGCGUUGCCUUCUCCAGAACCCCUGUCUUCACCUACCCCGUCGACCGCUUCGACUGGAACAGAGUCGCCUUUGUCCCCCUUUCUUGCGCCUCAGGAGGCGGAGCCGCCGCUUGCGAAAGAGCCGUCUCGGGUUCUCCCUCUGAUUAUGCUCACUGCGCGCCUGUCCCUGAAACUCUUGAGGCCCAUAUUCCGACCCAAGUCUCUGUAUGCGCAGAUGGCCAGACUCUAUGAUUACGGAGUCGCGAUGAUAACUCGAAGUCGUCAGGUCGCACAAAACGACCUUGUGAUGGAAAACCCUCAACCAAUCCUCACCGCGUUACGAGGCAAGAAUCUCCGAGGACUAAACAAAGUGAAAGGCAUUGAGAUCUACAUGAGACAGGCGGCCGACGGCACUGCGGAUCCGUCCUUGCCUCUCACUCCCGCUACCAAGUUCCUGUUCUCCGGCGACACAUUUGAACGAGAUCUCGAAGCAUGCAUUGUUCUCGGGAUGCGUCACCCCAAGUCGUUUGUGACCUGCCUCAUGCACAUCGUCUUCGACACUUCUGAAGCGGGAGGGGCAAGGCAGGGCGCUGUUCCGCCCACUUUCGGCGGGCCCGGUUUUCGCGACGCGGAGGAGCUGCCUCCUCAUGUUGCUCUUUUCAAUCUGGAGAGUCACAUUCCGAAAGCGACGCCCAACAUGUCGCCGAACUUCACGGCGGGUCGUGAAGGCGCCUUCUCGGGAGCCCUCGGAGCUGCCGUCCGUUACGCGGUCCGUCUUCCUCCUGAAGCGCUGCCAUCAUGGGGAGACGCCAGCUGCGAGCAAGUGCGGCUGGACUAUGCGUGGCAAGCGGCUGAGCAAGUCGCGGCUCGGCUUCGGCGUCUUCUGAACACCUUCCGGUUCACGUGGAAGCGCGACAACCUCGCCAAUAUCCUGGAACUCGAGUCGACCACGCCCCUGGUCUUCUUGAGGUGUUCCCACAUCGAAAAGGCCGAACCGGGGGAAGGCCCCGGAGUUCGGUUUCUGCCGGUUGACGAGCCUUCUCCCUUUGCAGGCCCCGUUCUGGAUUCCGAAGGACGAGUGAUUUCCGAAGCGCUCGGCCUCCCCAUUUCCAUGUACCGGACGGCGGUCGGCGCCGCCCUGCAUGCGCGGUAUCUGAACCUCAUCGACCAGACAGAUAUGUCGAAUUUGACCGUCGCGACGAUUCGCCAGCAGCGCAACAUUGGACCGCCGGCAUCGUCGACAAGGGAAGAUCAAUGGACCGAGUUGCUGGCGGACUUGCGGCUGCAGCAGAUGUUAUUCGGGGAUGUUUCGCCGGCGGCGUUUCUGGCGUCGCAUGCUUUCGCCGUGAAUUCUUCUCUGUCUGAAACUAUUGGACAGCGUCUUCGGAACGUGGCCUGUCGAGCGCAACAAGAAGAGACGUUCGAACUCUUCAGCAAACUCUUUCGAUCCACGUUUCCGGUGGGCGACGCGUACGAGGCGGCCUUGACAACCGCUUGGAACGCCUGGAGCCGCGCCGCUCGCUUCUACUGUUUGUAUGAGCCCCAAUUUCUCCACCUGUGCACUGCCGGGCAAGCAGAGGUGGAGUACUUGGCGCAUUCAGUGGCUCAAGUCACGCCUUUUAUCGAGCCAGAACCGAGCACAACCGCCGACGAAAUGUGCCAAAUGCGGGGAGAGGACGGGGAAGUCAGCAAAACCGCGUAUGAGCCUGUUCUCCUCGGCCUGCUGGCCCGCCUUUGCCUCUCCAAUCUCGAGGCGUGCCGGAACUUGCUUGCCCAUUUACAAGACAUCGGGAAACUCGCGCAGUGGAGAGCUGAAAUUUCAUCUUUCAGUCCUACGGGCCCUGGAUUGAUGCUCGACAGCUUCGGCAUGGUUGCCUACCCUGACCCAGAUCCGAGCGGCGGCCUUGGUAGGAGGCACCGUUUACCAGCAAUCCUCAAACCGAUGGUUCGCGCUCCCCCUGCAGAACAGCAGCCGACGUGGCCGAGACUUUACAAACCAAACCAAUGGGCAGAAACGGCCACGGUGUGGAAACAGUUGGAUUUUUGUCUUAUCACGCCUUUGCAGCGACUCGCCACCAGAACUGUACAGGAUAUGGUGUCUCGCCGGUGGGGCCUCCAGGGUGUUUCGCUUGAGGCAACCGCCCCUGAGCUUGCUUACCCGAAGUCGCCGAUUGGAAAUCCCGCAUUGCUUUUGCAGGCCAUUGGCGCAGGGAGGUUCAAGCCUUCUCUGGGGACGGAAUCUGCGGAAAGCGUGGUGGAUCGCCCCGGACCUCAACGCGGAAUUGUCGCAGCAGUCGAGCACGACUUCCAACGAGUCAUAAACAUGGAACGGCGACACGCCAUGAGCGGACGUGAUGGUUAA